AUGCAGUCCGAUGACUCGACAAUAGUAUCACCAAAGGCGUAUGAAGGAAGGAUUAUUAAGUACGAGGUAGUUGAUGUUAAUGGCGACGUGGAUCAAAACAUUGGAGAGCGUAGCUUCACUUUUAAAGGGAAUAGUGUCGAGGAAUUGAAGCAAGCGUUGGAGGAAGAAGCUCCAUUGAAGGAAGAGUUCUCUCUUUGUUCUCGUAAUCCAUUGAAUGGAAGCCUCUAUCCUCUUCGUCUGCAGCUUCCUCCCAACAAUGCCGCCAUGCAUGUCGUCGUCGUUCCUCUAUCCUCUAAAGUUGCAGAUGAUCUAUGGCUUUGAUUUACAUGAAGAAACCUUCAACGUCUCUGCUCCAAACCAGCAAUGG